CUCGAGGGGGUCUGGGACCCCCGGCGUGGCCUGCCCGCUGUGGCGCACGGGCCCUCCCGCGCCGCGUGCUGUCGCCAUGGCCGCGGGCGCCGCGGACGCAGCAGCGGGUGGAGUGCCCAAGGAGGAGGAGGAGGUGCAGCCAAUCGUCAAGCAGCCCGAGGAGAUGACGCAGCAGGAGCGCUCCGACUUCGCCUUGAGGUGCAAGGAGGUGGGCAACCGUGGCUUCAAGGCUGGCGAGUGGGACUACGCGAUCCUGUCCUACCAGGAGGGCCUCAGAUACCUGCAGUACGCGCCGCACGACGCCGAGUUCCAGCCAGAUCGCUCCUUCGACCACGGAGGCGAGGCGGGCCUGGCGAGGGACAUGGCGCUGGCCGUCGACCUCUACAACAAUCUUUGCCACCGAACUGUCCGCGGCGCUGCUGAGCGCGGGCGAAGCGCGGCGCGCUCUGGACUGCUGCACGGAGGCGCUGCGGCUGGACGCUGGCAGCCAGAAGGCGCUCUUCCGGCAGGCCAAGGUCUGCCUGGCGCUCGGAGAGUACGACCGCGCCUCCGAGGCUGCCCAGGCGUUGCUGAAGGCCGCGCCCGGUAGCGUGGAGGCGCUGCAGCUCGCCCGCGCGGCGGAGGCGGGCGAGAGGAGAGCGAAGCAGCAGGAGAAGGCGCUGUUCGCCAAGAUGCUCGGCUGACCAGCCCCCGCGCCGCCCAGGGCGGGGUCGGUGCGCGGCCCCCUUCCGGGCCCUGCGGCCACGGGGCGGAGGCUUUCAGAGGGCCCCGCGGAUUGUCGCGGCAGCAGCGUGGGGGAGGGAUCGCAGUCCGAGCAUAUGCCGUGCCUGCCUUAGCCACCUCUCAGUCUCAUCCAACCACCGCUUCAAGUUGCCAAUUUUCGCAGUGUAACUCAGAACGCGUCUUGCUCCGACUCCCCUCCCCCCGCGCGCCAGGC